AUGCCUGGCGAUGGCCAAAUGCGACUGUGCAUUAGUUGUGAAGAAGUCUUUCAGGUGCCCCGAGGAUCCUCAAGUACCCGAUGUCCUGGUUGGAGGUGUAGAUGGGACUACGACGAAAAUGGUCAAUAUUCUCACUACCAUGGAUACAAGAGGCCAUUAGCCCCGAGAGCUCUAAAACACAUGGCGUUACUUGGUUAUAGCGUGAAGUACUGCGAUGAAUGCGGUCAGUGCAAAGAACCGGAUACCAUUAUGUUGAGACCCUUUGUCAAUAAAGAAAUAACAAGGCUUUGUGGGGGCGCGCGAAGACAACGAUUCGAAAAGAACGAAAGAGAAGACUUUGAGAAUUAUGUAGCAAAUACUUUUAGUAAAAGGAAAGAACAGAGUAGAAUGAUUGGCAUAAGGAAUUUGGUUUUAUUCUUAGUAGAAAACUGCACUGCCUGGCUAUACCUCACUAAGCCUGGCAACAGUCAUGCUUUGAAAAUGUCGAUCUCGAAGCUUUUUACGCAACUUCUUAAUGUUCGUAUCCCUGAAGAAAGAGACGAGUUUACAAAGCGAAUGCAGAAAUUAGAUGAAUCAGCUGGGGACCUGGUUGCACUCUUCCGGCAGAAUAUACUUGACGCAAACCUCACAAAUCUCUAG